UGACCCAUUUUAUUUAUUUUCUAAAAAUAAUGAUUUUGACCCAUUAUAUUAUUAUUAAAUAUUGUUCAUAAUUAAUUGCACCGCCUACUUCGUCGUGUACUGUUAUAUAUGAGAAUGUAACUAAAAACCCUUUUUGUUAGUUAGUUUGAGUCCACAUUUUGUACUGUACUCUGUUCUCAGAUCCGUGCGUGACUCAAAUGCAACUCAACAAAACGACAACAAGGUUAUGAUUAUUCAAUAGUAACCUUUCUCUCAAUUAUUACUAUUCCAUUCUAUUUUGUUUUUAUCUCUUUCUUUCAUAUUCAAACACUCUCACAAAGAUUAUCAAGAAUUUAACAAUGGAGCAAGAUGAACAACACUCUAUAGAAGAAGCUGCUCAUUCACACACUCACACCAAAUUGUACGAUGAUGAUGACCGUAUCAAAAGAACAGGAACGGUUUGGACUGCGAGUUCGCACAUAAUAACAGCAGUUGUAGGAUCAGGGGUGUUGUCGUUAGCAUGGGCUAUAGCUCAGCUGGGUUGGAUAGUUGGUCCUUCAGUUAUGCUUUUCUUCAGUCUCAUUACUUGGUAUACUUCAUCACUUCUAGCUGAAUGUUAUCGAAUUGGCGAUCCUCAUUCCGGGAAAAGAAACUAUACUUUCGUCGAAGCUGUUCACACUAUUCUCGGUGGUUUCAAUGACACCCUAUGUGGGAUAGUUCAGUACACGAAUCUUUACGCAACUGCAAUAGGAUACACAAUUGCCGGUGCUAUUAGCAUGAUGGCAAUAAAAAGGUCUGAAUGUUUACAUUCCUCAGGAGGAAAAGACCAAUGUCACAUUUCAAGCAACCCAUACAUGAUCGCUUUUGGAGUAAUCCAAAUUUUCUUUUCUCAAAUUCCAGAUUUUCAUAAAAUGUGGUGGCUCUCAAUAAUUGCAGCCAUCAUGUCUUUCACCUAUUCGUUUAUCGGCCUUGGUCUGGCAAUUGCCAAAGUUGCAGAAAAUGGUUCCUUCAAGGGUAGUCUCACAGGAGUAAGCAUUGGAACUGUGACAAAAGCCCAAAAAAUUUGGGGAACUUUCCAAGCUCUUGGUAACAUAGCCUUUGCAUAUUCAUAUUCUCAAAUCCUCAUUGAAAUUCAGGACACCAUAAAAACUCCACCAUCUGAAGUAAAAACAAUGAACCAAGCCACACGGAUAAGUAUAGGUGUGACGACCACAUUUUAUUUGCUUUGUGGCUGCAUGGGUUAUGCAGCAUUUGGAGACACAGCACCGGGGAACAUACUUACUGGAAUUUAUAAACCAUAUUGGCUCAUUGAUAUUGCUAAUGCAGCUAUAGUAAUUCACAUUGUCGGAGCAUACCAAGUAUAUGCGCAACCUGUCUUUGCCUUCGUUGAGAAAAGGGUGAUAAAAAAAUGGCCUAAAAUAAACAAAGAAUACCAAAUCUCAAUUCCUGGUUUUCAUCCUUACAAUCUAAAUCUAUUUAGAUUAAUUUGGAGGACUAUUUUUGUGAUCACAACAACUUUUAUAUCAAUGUUGAUUCCUUUCUUCAACGAUGUUUUGGGAUUAAUUGGAGCAGUUGGGUUUUGGCCUUUAACAGUUUAUUUUCCAGUGGAGAUGUAUAUCAGACAAAGGAAGGUGCCAACAUGGAGUUAUAAAUGGAUUUGUAUGCAAACAUUAAGUGUUGUAUGUCUUAUUGUAUCAAUUGUGGCUGGUGUUGGCUCAGUGGCAAGUAUUGUGCUUGAUCUAAAGAAAUACAAACCAUUCAUGGUUAAUUAUUGAAACCAAUGCAAAAUUUAUUUCCUUCUUUUGGAUGUAAAAAGCAACUGUAGGAACUGAUUUAUGUGGUUUUUGUAUCAUUAUCUUUUGAAACAAUUAGUGCUAAUUCAAUAUUAUCCUUUUCCACUUUUAAA